AUGUUGAAAUGUAAAGUUCCGUUGGACGUGAAUAUUUCGUAUCAACAUGAUUGUAUUUUGGUGAGCGAUGUGAUGAAAAAGAGUAUUGAGAUUUAUGAUUUGCAAUAUAGAUCAUUCGUGAAGAGUUUGAAAUUUGUGAACAAAGAUGUUUAUGCAUGGCAUAUUUGUGUGGAACAUCAACGUUUUGAAAAAGAUUCAUUAAUAGUGGUGUGCUCGGAUUGUUCUGUUCACAAGUUUGAUUUAAAACAAUUAAUAAUGUUAGAAACUAAUGAUGAUAUGCAAUCCAUGUUAAGUAGUGGACUUGAAAAGUGGAAACUGUUAUACUUUAAACCAUGUGGAAUCGAUUCAGAUUCCACAUUCAAGUAUGAAAGCAUUGAAAAGCAAUGUAUUUACAUUGGUGACCGUGGUACGGGGAUUCGUGUAGUGAAUUCAUUGAAAGGAAAUAUUUUACAAACAAUUUCAAUUUCCUCGUUCGUAAAGAGUGUGAAAGUAAUUGCAAAUGAUGAAUUACUGGUCAGUGAGUUUCAUCCAAAUUUAUCUGUGGCAACUUCCAAGCUACUCGUUCUAAAGAAUAACCAAGAUGAAUGGAUGCUUGAAAGAACUAUUGGAACUCAAGGAACAGGCGAGCAAGAGAUAUAUUUCCCUCAUGACUUUGACUUUGAUCAUGUAUCACAAAAUAUUAUCGUAAGCGACACUUGUAAUCUUCGAAUUCAAUUAUUUGAUUAUAGAACUGGUAGGCAUGUGGGAUGUUUUAAAGAUGUUGUGGAAGGUUAUACUCACUGUUAA